AUAUAUAUGUGUGUGUGUGUGUGUGUUUGUGUGACUAUGUAUAGCUCCGUAGCAUUUUUUACAACUAAACUAAUCAACGACGCAAAUAAAAAUUCAACGAGAUAAAUUAAUAUCUAAUAGAAAUAAAUCUUAAUUAAAGAUUUUGCGUAUAUACGUGAUCGCGAUUCUUCAAAUAAAUAUUUGGAAGGAAAAUUGACCAACAUUGCUUUUUCUACAAAACUUGGUAAAAUUCGAGUACAAUGAGUGUGCAAGGCACUUCUUUAAAUGCGCCGGAGGUACAUAGCAUUUUGAAAUAUGCUUGCGUUGGUUUUGAUAAUGAUGCAUCAAAUUUAUACAUCAAGGAUAUUCAGUGCAUCAUCGAAAAGACUCCAGGCCCAGCAGGAAAAGUUACAUUCAGAAAGUUUUUACCAAAACAUGAGGAUGAUUUUGAUAAAAAGAAUUGUUAUCACGUGAAAUGGCAGUGUCAAAAGCCAUAUUCAAGAGAUGCUGUAAGUAAAAAAAUUGAAGCUGGAAGAAUCAAAUUUCCUAAGAUGGAUUGGGCUUCGGAAUCUACUUACGUGACUCCUGAAAGAAAUACAUUUUCGCUUGAGAGUAAUGAACAAGACGUAUCAAAUGCUAAUAAUAAGCCAGGAAUUUUCAGUAAUGGUAUCAUCCGCGAUGAAUCUCAAUCUAAUGGAGAAAAUGAAGAUGAUGACUAUACAAAGAAUAAUUCAUUAUCUGACAAGAAUAAAUCAAUAAAAGAAAAAAUAGUUGAAGAUUAUAAGCUUAAAAAAUUUCUCUCAACGAGAAGCCUAUUUGCAGAGAAUAAAAGGGAUAAAUUACAAGUUGCAAUAACAGCCAAUGGUGAUUCAAAUGGUGAUGAUGAUGAAACUCUUGCUAGCCAUGAGCCUUCAAAUCUUUUGGAUGAAGAAGAGGAAGCAAAUAAAGAUAAUCAAGGCACUAUGACCGAAAAUUCAACUAAUGCGCAGAGUAAUAAACCAAACAUCCAAAAAAGGAAGCCAAAGAAAUAUAAAAUAGCGGUUGCAGAAAAAUUCGAACUUAACAUAGAACACAAGAGAUAUGAAGAGCUGCAUGAAGACGAUCUAUUUAGGAUUAGAUGUCUCAGUAGACAAAGAAAUAUGGAGAGAAAUGAAUAAGAGAAAACCUAAAAAUUCUAUGAUCUUUUUGAGAGACUUAAUGGAACUUAUAUGGCCUGAAAACGAACUAAAAAAUAAAUGUCUUAAAUUACAUCUUACCUCGUUUCGAUACCCUGGGGAUGAAAGAAUGGAGUUUGAGCCAGUCGAAUGCAAUUACUCAAAGACAUUCUAAAAAAUCUUUCUAGUAAAGCAGAUAAGAAAUUAGAAGAUCGAUCGUUUAGUUGAUGCUCAUGUUGACAUUAGGUACGGAGAACUUUUUCUAAUGUGUCUGAAUUAUUGUUUGUCUGGUAAAUUGCCUUUUACGGAAAUAGUAAAUCUAAUGAAGCUCAUAAACAUAAUAUGUGGAAAAAAUAUACUGCCUGAUACUCAUUAUGAGAUGAACAAAUUAUGUAACGAUUUUGACAGUAUAACAUUUCAUAGUGUUUGCUCUACGUGCUCUGCGUACAAUGGCGAGUUUCAGAAUUUUAGAGGAACUAUUACAUGUGAAGUAUGUGAUACUAUUGUUGAUGUGUCUAAUCCAUCAAAUUCUUAUUUCUUCGCAAUAAUUGAUCCAUCAAAUGCAAUUCAUAAACAUUGGAAGGCUCAUGAGGAUUAUUAUAGUUAUAUUAUGAAUGAAAGAGUUUAUGAAAAGAAUCAAAUCAAUGACAUUUACGAUGGAAAAAUAGAGAGUUCAUUUCUACUUUAUCUGCGUCAGAUAAAAAUAAAUAUGUGACUGCAAUUAUGAAUACGGAUGGGGCACCCGUAUUUAAAUCAUCAAAUUUUUCAAUAUAUCCAAUAUAUAUUAUGUUAAACGAGCUCCCUAUACAAUCAAGGUUUAACAAUAUAAUUCUCACUUGUCUUUGGUUUGGAUAUGGUAAACCUGAAAUGAGUGUAUUGUUAGACAUUUUUGUAAAAAAAAAUGAAUAAACUUUCGACCACUGGGAUCUUAUGCGAAAUAAAAAAUGAAGAGAUUUACAUAUAAAAUUCUUUAUAUUUGUUGCUUGCGUGAAUAUCAUUGCUCGAGCACCAAUGAAUGAAAUACAUCAAUUCAACGCAAGAUGUGGUUGUGAUUGGUGCACACAAGAAGGUACAUAUUUUGAAGGAAGCAUACGAUAUCCGUACGUAACACCAUUACCGCUGGAAAGAACUUCAGAAAAUACUAUUGCAUUUGCAAAAGAGGCUUUAAACUCAGGACAACCUGUUUUUGGUGUCAAAAGCGCUUCUCCACUAUUGCUUUUGAAAAGUUUUGACAUAAUAAAAGGAUUUACGCCAGACUAUAUGCACUGUGUCUCAGCUGGUGUAGUAACAAAACUUACUGAUUGUAUUUUGUGUGAUUUACCUAAUAGCGACAUCGAAAAAAAACGAUCAAUUGCUACUAAAAAUUAAAGUGCCAAACCAAUUAUGUCGUUUAACUAGGUCACUAAAAGAUAGACGUAAUUGGAAAGCCCGAGAAUGGGAAAAUUGGCUACUUUACUACAGUGUGCCUGCUUUUAAUGCAGUAAUGAAAAAUAAAAAUAAAUUAAGACAUUGGUUGCUGCUGGUAGAAUCAAUGCACAUUAGUUUAAAUACAAAUAUCACAUUUACUACAUGAUGUAAAUAAAAUGCUUCAUGAAUUUGUAUUACAGAUUCAAGAACUAUAAGACAAGAACUAUACUCAUUAAAAUCAAUGACGUACAAUGUACACCAAUUAUUACAUAUAACAAAAAGUAUCAACGAUUGGGGACCAUUGUGGGCGCACACAGCAUUUUAUUUUGAAGCAGCUAAUCACAAUUUACUAACUGCGAUUCAUUCUUCCAUAGGUGUUAUAUUACAAAUUUUAAGAUACACAAAUCUUCAACAACAUGCAAAAAUUUUAGAAGAAAUUGUAUAUCCAGACUGUUCACCUUGUAUAAAAUACUAUUUCGAAAACAUACUUCAAUCAAAAAGUAAAAAAAUCUACAAAAUUUCUUAGAUUUAUUUUGGUAAAGGCAAAAGUAUAGAUCAACGACUACUUAAUCAGUUAAAUGUAUCACCAAGAACAAAAGUUUUUUCAAAAAUUGUCCUAAAUAAUUGUUUGUACCAGACAUUUAAUCAAAUUAAUCGACGAUCUUGUAAUUAUUUUGCUAUUUUGAAAAAUGGCACAUUUAUCAAGAUAAAUCAUUUUCUUGUAGAUUCAGUAAAUAAAACAGAACUAACAGUUUGUCAGGUAGUAAAUCCAAUAGCAUUUCUCAUUUUAUAAAAGAGGUUAUGCAUAUAAAAGACGAAAUUCUGACUAUUCCAACUAGAGAAAUCGAUAAAAACUCUGUGUACAUAGAAGCUGGAAGUAAAAUUUACGUAAUAGCUGUUCCGUAUCCAUAUCGUGAUUAGAAAUAUUUUGGAUAUUGUGUGUA